CUUUACCGCUGAGUGAGCAGAGGAGUGCAGUGGGGAAGGUGCGGUGAAGAAGCGAAAGCAAUCGAAAUCGAGCUAGCCGUGAGAAACAGUGCAGUGUCGUGUACAAGAGUCUAGGAGAUUCUCGCAGGUUCACGAUCAGACUAUUUAUCGCGGUCUGGCAACCUCUUCUGGGUAGCGUUGUUCAGUAGUUCAUGGCCAUCUUCAAAAGCUGUGGAUAGAGGGAAUAAAGGUACUCGAUAGCUCAUCUGCUACCCAGUGGACGGUGAAUUAUAAACAGCGACUACCAUGAAGAAUAAAUAUUCUCAUUGAUGCGGAUGUUGUUGUUUUCGGGAGAAAUUUAUAUAUUCUGCAUCUAUAUGGAACAAAGUUAUGCGUAGGUGAUGAUGCCUAAAUUGCCGUCUACAGGACUGCCCUUGAGUUUAGCACUAUAACAUCCAUUUCCUUUCGGAAUGAAAUGGCGUAAGACAAAGAUGUUUUCUUAUGGUAUCGUGGAAUGUCUUUGAAGCAGGUUAGACUUGCGUUACAUUAUAUUGAAAGCAAAUAUGCAUUAUUUCGGUCUGACAUUCGUUCAUCUUUGACCAUUGCAAUACUUCAGGGGCAGAGUUACGAGAAAUCUCUAGGCUGGGCGAAGCGUCGCGUGUAUGACCGUUGUCCGUAGCCAGCUUAGCGACCUCGGUGUAUGGGAGUGCCACGCACAGCUUUCUCGCUUUGAUUAUUUUAUUUUCUUCCAGUCGCACCUGCACAAACCACCAGUUAGAGUCGAUUCGGAGCAUGCUUACCGUCUACGUAUCAGUGGACCCUGUUUGGAAUGUAUGGAUGUACGUGGAGAGGGAGUAAGAGACCCCCAUCUGGAUAGCUUUAAUACUAGGAGUUCUACAUCUUAUGAAGACAACAGUGAGAGACCGCUCUCACCAGCAACGUACCAUGCACUGGUGAAAGGCGAUUGUCCCAAUACGGCAUCCAGGCGCUACGUAUAGCCGCCAUUGUUGUAGGGAAUCGUGUGUCAGUGGCCACCGUACUACUACGGCAGAUGUAAUUGCGAGAGUGUGUGUGUGCAUCACGAGGGUAGCCAGUACACAUUUCGAACACGGUACACCCCCUACGAGUCGAGUGUGUGCAGGGACUUGCAUAUAACGCACGCAUCCUCUACAUACACAAACGUCAUACAAACUCGGCACGCCCGAAUGCGAAAAAAAAAGAAGGGGGAAAAGCAAGGACCCUCAUUUCAGUGCAUUAACAAUAACAUACAUUUUCCGAGGAUUAUUUUUCUCUUUUUUUUUGUUCUUUUAUACAAUUUCUUCAUGAUUAGGAGAAUCUGUUGAUUUUUUGAAGCCGUGUUUGGGUUUGUUGGAGACACGGUAAGACGGGAAGGAGGGGAGAAGAAGAUGGGGUGUGCCAUGAGUUCAGAAGAGAGAUCGGCUCAGGAAAGGAGUAAACAGAUUGACAAAAAUUUGAAGGAAGAUGGACUCCAAGCUGCCAGGGAUGUCAAGCUUCUUUUAUUAGGUGCCGGGGAGUCUGGCAAAAGUACAAUAGUCAAACAAAUGAAAAUUAUACACGAGGAGGGUUUCACGGCGGAAGACUCUAAAGUGUAUAGACCCGUGGUAUAUAGCAACUUACUUCAAUCUAUGGUUUCAAUGCUCAGAGCGAGAGAAAAAUUCGAAAGUCCAUUCGGAGAGGAAGAACGAGAGGAAGAUGCCAAGUUAGUAUAUGACACAGUAAGCAAGCUCCAGGAUUCAGCCCCCUACAGUCCUUCACUUACAGCUGCACUCCAAAGACUCUGGACAGAUAGUGGCCUCCAAGAAAUCUUCAACCGAGCCCGGGAGUACCAACUCAAUGAUUCAGCCAAAUAUUUUCUAGAUAAUCUUGAUAGAAUUGGGUCUCCUGACUACCUUCCUAAUGAGCAAGAUAUCUUGAGAACACGCGUUAAAACAACGGGCAUUGUAGAAACACACUUCACUUUCAAAAAUCUACAUUUCAGGUUAUUUGACGUUGGAGGUCAGAGAUCAGAAAGAAAAAAGUGGAUACAUUGUUUUGAAGACGUCACAGCAAUCAUAUUCUGUGUCGCUUUAAGUGGAUAUGAUCAGCGACUUCUAGAAGAUGAUGUCACGAAUCGGAUGCAAGAAAGCCUAAAGCUCUUUGAUUCCAUCUGCAACAACAAAUGGUUCACUGAUACCUCCAUCAUUCUCUUCCUAAACAAGAAAGACCUGUUUGAAGAGAAGAUCCAGAAGUCACCAUUGACCAUCUGCUUUCCAGAAUAUGAAGGUGCUAAUGAGUAUCUACCUGCUGCUGGAUACAUACAGUUACAAUUUGAAGCACUGAACAAAAGCGCCAACAAGGAAAUCUAUACACAUAUGACAUGUGCAACGGACACCAACAAUAUUCAAUUUGUGUUUGACGCGGUCACUGACACAAUAAUAGCCAACAAUCUACGAGGGUGCGGCUUGUAUUGAGACUAGUAGGUAGAAUUUCGAUGGUUUUGCUCUUUUUCAUGGCAACCAAACAAGUUUCUUCUUUUGUUUUUCUCUCGUACAAACACAAGUGGAGAUAAUAAAUGUUUGUUUGUUCGUGCGCACGCUCGGGAGAAUGUUGUGUACGCGCUGUGUGCGAUGUGGAUCACGUGACACUGGAGCUGGAGAUGAAUGACGCCAUGUUGGUUACCUUCAUGUGAUCAAACCACUCUCACUUUUUUGUGAUUUCUAACCCGUGGGAUGAAGCGAUCAUGUAGUGCGUUCUCUCUAACCAUGUGGAUUUUGUGCGGAAUUGAAACCAUCACGACUUUCCUGCUGGAUCACCAUGCCCUGUCCAAAGUUACGAUUGGAUAUCAUCAGUCACGUGAUUAUAUAUGCUGUGCUGAUUGGAUAACGGUGUCAUUCGUCUGCAUCAUUUUAGCCAAUGAUGUCUAUUCCGAAUAUUUGGGUGCUUGUGAAAUGCUAAGCGCGCGAGCGCGCGCGUGUGUGUAUGUGUGUGUGAGAGAGAGAGAGGUGAAAAAGAGGGUGGUAACGAAGAGUAAGAAUAAAAUAUUGGGAAACUUUUCUAAGAUUAUUUCUAUGGUAUUCGUGUCGACCAUUAUCAUGUAUUUGAUCUCACGGACAGAAAAAAAGUGUGUAUAUAUUUUGCUACGACUUAUAACGUUUACGCCUUCUACGGAGAUCACUCAGUCAUUGAAAUACAACGCAACCACGUGACGUUUAGCUGAUCUUGUUUACCCACAAUUCAUUGAGAUAUGGAUAUCACUACCAUAUAAGGAGAAAAUCGAUGACCUGAUUAAUACCAACAUUAUUAGUUGCUUCUUUUCAUAAUUAUAUCAAAGUCGUGUCCCCUGACAACAUUUAGAUCGUGAAAGAGGAUGACUUGAAAAUCUGAUCAUUUCGCUUUUUACUACUACUACUACUAUGGACGCAGAAGGACCUAAAUAUAGGACUAUUUCGUGAGAAAAAAACGAACUACAUUUAUUUGUUGAGUGGUUGGGUAAUAUAUAAGUGUUGGUGUUGUUAUUAUUGUAAAACACACAUUGUGUUUCGAGAAGUAAGCUAUUUCGUAAGGUGCAUUUGCAAUGGGACUUGUGAUAUCCAAGCGUCUGAUUCUCUGUAAUUACUUCUGUUUCGCCGAUAUUUUAAUUACCUAAUUACUUAUUUUAAAAACUGUAGUUAGUCGCAUCGAAUUCUCUUCCUUUUCUUUGGUUUAAUCCACCCUUCCUGUACUUCUGUACUAUAUCAUUAUCGACAUAGUGGAUAUGUUCUUUUUUACCAAAUCAAUCUUUAUUGUGGCUGUUGUAUUUUGUUAAUUUUAUAUGAAUUGCACAUUCCGAUUGCAAAAAAAAUCGUCAUCAUUAUUGAUCGAACUUUCUUGAUCUUAAGUGAUUACUUUCACAAGAAUGUUAUAAAGUGGUAAAUACUUAAUUAAUCGUGUGUAAUUAAAUUGAUUUAUGGUUCCAUUAAAAAAGUAUCAUAAAAGAAAAAUCUCCCGCAGGAACAACUUACGAUUCUUUAUCCGUUUUAUUCCAGUUAGGAGAGGAUUGUGUGAUCUGCUGUUUUCGACAUUAUGCAAUUAUAUUAUGUAGUCAUCAUUCCAAUAUUCCCAUAAGCCUUAAUAGUUAACAAUGGAGAAUUCGAAAACAUUUUUGUUUGGCAGUUAGUGCAGACUUGUAAAAAAUAGUUUCUUUUUAUUUCGUAACGCCAAUAUUCCACGUUGAAUGGUACACUCUAAAAACACUGAGUAAAAUUUUACCCAAUAUUGGGUAAAAAGGGAACAUACAUGUUUGCUGGGUAUUUUUUUAAACCCCAUAUUGCGCUAAAUGCAUUUUUAAGGGUAAAUAUCAACGCAGCAUUGCGUAAAAUUUACAAAGUAUUUGGUAUCUUUUUUCCCAACCAACAUUCAUGUUUCCAUUUUUACCCAAUAUUGGGUAAACCUUUUUUUAGAGUGUAUCAACUUGGCCUGCUGGAAAGAAAACGAUAUCACACAGUGUGUUUACAUGGAGACUGUAUCACACACAGGAUACCUCUUAGGUGCAAGUGUUCACAAUCCGUUCACAAAGUCAUGAUUUGUUUAAAGGGGAAGUUCACCCUGAUGAAAAGUUUGGUGUAAAAAUAGCAGAAAAAAUAAUAAAAUAUAUUAAUGAAGGUUUGAAGAAAAUCCGUUAAAGAUUUAAGAAAGUUAUAAGUUAAGUUUUGGAUAUAUGACGUCAUGAACGAGCAGCUGCUCCGUAUGAUAUGUAAUAUAAAAUGAAUGAAUUUCAUUCUUUUUUUAAUGGUUCCUGAUUACAUCUGAGAAAAUGACAUUUCAUUGAUUUUUUUACCAUUCGCUAUGAAUGCUGCUCGCAUAUGACAUCACAAAUCAAAUGGUUAAAAUUGUAAUAACUUUUUUUAAUUCUUUGAUGGAUUUUUCUCAAACCUUUGGUAAUGUUUUUUUUAUUAUUAUAAUUCUGCUAUUUUGUCAGGGUGAACUACCCCUUUAACACAAGGAUAUUUUAAUUCAACAGUGUGAAGAAGAUUUCAUAAUGUGUUCUACACUGUGAAUACACUGAUGGACACAUUGUGUUCUAAAGCCGAGUUCCUUGUUCUUUACCCAGAAUACAACAUUCUGAUCAUGUAAUCUCAUAAUGUUGUACCCACUGAUAGAUUUAUAUCAUAUUUGUAAGCUUGAAACUUUACAACGCUCAUACCAUAAAUAUGUUGUUUAAAGGGAUGGUCCUUUAAAGGGAGCUGAAAAUAUUUAUAUCUUAAUGAAUAGAGUAAAGUUCACAGAGCAAAAUUAUGGACAUUUUAUCAAAAUCGGAUAACAAAUUACAAAGUUAUUGAAUUUUAAAGUUUAUCAAUAUUUUGUGAAAACAGUUAUAUGCACAUCAUCAUGAAUAUUCUUUGGGUAGGCUGAUGAUGUCACAUCCCCACUUUCCUUUUUUCUUAUGUUAUUACAUGAAAUCAUAAUUGUUUCAAAUAAAUAAAUAACUAAUGCACUUAAUCAGUUGUCAACCCAAUUGUUUUAGUUCUUGGUAGAAAAAAUUUGAAUAAACAUAUUUUUAUGAUAAAAUACAAAAGAACAAGUGGGGAUAAGACAUCAUCAGCCCACCUAAUAAUUAUUCAUAAAGACAUAACUAAUAACUGUUUCACCGGAAUAAUGCAAAUCUUUAAACUUCAAUAACUUCGUUAUUUGUUAUCCGAUUUGGAUCAAAUUUUCAGCAUUUUGCUUGGUGAAUUUUACUCCAUUUAUUGAGAUAUAAAUAUCUCCAGCCUGGACCAUCCCUUUAAAAACAAGGUGAUGACAGAUCGCCCAAAUACAUGUACUAGCACUUUCCAGCAGUUUGAAAUGGUCCCAAUAACUCACACCAAACCUCACAAUAUUUUGUCCAUUACUUCAUGAACUGAUUUCAAAAUAUCCCAUCGUUCACGAGAGGAUACUAUUUUCAAGUUAUUAUUGAUGAAACCAGAAGAACAUACCACCCAGUAUUCCUCGAAAAACACUCAGCCUUAAACAAAAACAAAAAGGCUGCAUUUGCAUGGUAUUUAAAAUCCCCAUACGUUAAUGACCCUCUUUCAAGCCAUAUUGGGAGAACUAUUAUUGUAUCAGGAAGAUUCACAUUGAAAAUGAUUUUUUUUUUGUCAAUUUCGGUUGAAGACUACUUACGUACGUUUCAUACCUGAGUAGUCCUGAUGUAGGUUUCGUCAUUAUCAUUAAAACUGAUUUCCAGCCCCCAUAACAAACAUUCUUGAAAACUAGAGAGUUAAAAAGUUAAAUUUCGACUUUGCGGAUAUUGGUAUAUUUUAUAAGAUGCUAUGAAAUGUAUGUUAUAAUGGUGACUGCUAAGUCCUUCUCUUCUGCAGAAUAAUUCAUUUUGAUUUGAUAAAAGAUUUUAUUAUCAGUUCUUUGAUGGGAAUGGCAACUUCAGUCAUGAUUGCAUCAUGAAGUAUAAUGCUUGUUGCCGUUUUGAUGAUUUGAAUUUCAAUAGUGAACUUGAAAGAAUAAAAUAAUAAAAAUAAAUUCUAUUUUGAUUCAUUAAGACAUAAAACGAAAAUUGAAGAUUUUCAUCGGUGCAACGAAAGAGAUUUUAUUUUGUUCUGGCCGAAUUUAUUCGGCUUAAAUGUUUUAUUCAAAUGGGUAUACACGCCCAUGUUAACAGACAAUCUUAUCAUAUUGAUAUAAAACUAUUACAGGGUAUUGAAGUAUUAUUUUCGAUAAUGUUCAAUUCAAAACAGCAUUUCAAGAGAGUUGAUUUAUUUUUUUCUAAAAGAAAAUACGCUUGUGCAUAGGCUCCAUUACUCUAUUAAAUAUGUUUUAGCCGUAAAGAUUAUUCAUUGGAAAGUUUUAGACCAGUGGCUUGUGGCAUUCUAUUCCAGUGAUUUCAAACCGUGCAUAUGGAUUUUUUUUUUCAGAUGAAAUAAUUGAUAUUGAAAUAAAAAAUGGUUAAAUUUGCCGACAAUUUUGUCAUUUAUUCUAAGACCAGGGAAGCGUUUCAUCAAGAUUUUUGUCCGACAACUUGUCAGAUCUGACAUCUUUCCUUGAUUUUGAUUGGCUGUGAGGCACUGUUACUGUGGUAACUGUCGGAUAAAACAGGACUUGUCGGAUAAAACGUCCGACAAGUCCUUUCAUGAAACGCUCCCCAGAAGCAAUAUAUUCAUAAUUAUGUAAAUCAAAGGCAAGCGAUUAUUAAGCGCACUUUUUGGACAAAGUGUGGAUAGUAUUCGUCACUGUAUCUCUUACAAUUCGUGAAAACACGUGGCAACAUGAGAUGACCCUCUUUGUAUCCAUCUUGAGUAAAUACAGGUGAAGGCUCAGCCAUAAACAUGGUCGUUGAAGGAAAGUCAUUAUGUAAACGUAUUUCCACUUUAUUAUAGGCCUGUAAUGAUGGUACACAUUUGGGGCAUUUUGAUGACUGCAGAAUUAUAAGUUUGUAUUUUAUGAAGUUAAAGAAUAUGAUUUAUUUAAAUGCUCAUUGCAGCUGUUCAGUAAUUUGCUGCAUUAGACUUGAUGAUGUCUACUUCUAUGAGUAAUUACAGAUUUUACAACGAAUAUAUUAAAGAAUAUACGACUUGUAUAAUAUCUAAUACUCAGUAUUGGAAGGAAUGAAUAGUAUUGAAUCCAAAGUAUUUGCCAUUUUAAAUGUGCUCCUGGUAAUAAAUUGAGUUUCAUAUAAUUAUGUCGGUUUUUAUUUAAUGAAGCAUUCAUCGAAUUUAAACUAUUUCUUUUAAUUAUCAACACUUAUGUUAGUGCAACGGGUGAAGAAAAAAAAAUCUGUCUCGUACAUAUCAUUUUAUUCAAUGUUUUAAAUCAGACAGUUUGUAACGCAAUAGCCUUAUCUGGGACUACAUUUUUGUUUGUUCUAUGAAAAAGGGAAAACAAUGUCCGUCCCUUUGAACAAAAGGUGCAAGUGCGUCUGGGGAAGAGACUAUUUAUACACAUAAUAUAUUCUCAGAUGAGACCCUACGUUGUGUGAUGAUUACGUAACCAUGGUAACAGCGACAAACAUCCGUUCAGGAUUCACUCAUUUCCUAUUUACGUGGUCGAUUGAUCGUUUAAUUAAUUAGUCUUAUUUUUCAUCAAAGACAUACAUAGAUUUUGACUAAUUUGGUCUAUCCCUUUAAGGAGAUAUCACUGAUUGCGAUGUUCUCUCUUUACUAGUUAUUAAAAUACCUAGAUACCAAUCGGUAGUCAUGGAAACACAUUUGAGCAUAAUUAUUACAUGUUGUUUGACUUGUCCUUACCAAUUGUUUUUUGUACAGAAGAUGAUAAACAGCAAAUUAAUAAACGUACGUCACUGUACGAUUAUCACAAUCAA